AUGGCUUUCGACAAUGAUUCGGAUGUCUACGAGGAUCAUGCAGGGCUGUAUCACUCUGGCAAGCGCCUCAUUCUUACGCCGCAUAAGUCACCUGCACCCUUCGGCUCGUCUUCUUACCCGGAAUCGCCAAAUUUGACGUCGAAACAAAUGACUCCGACUGAUGAGGAGAAAGGUGCAUUUAGAGACCUCGACAUGGUUGAUGGUGGAUAUGGUUCUCAAUACAUCCCCGGGCCCCAGAAAGUCUUGUGCAAGGUGGUCCAGACGGCCUCGGCCUCUUCUGAUGGUAACGAGAACAAAGCCCUUGUGCUUGGACAGCUUGUCUUCUUGAAGCUUUACGAUCCUUUGUUCUGGCCCCUGAAGGUUGAUCUUUCCGAGUUCUGCUUCAAGGUCACUGUCCGAGCGGGCUUUGCUCAGAGCAACGAAGUCGGCGCCUACUCUCAUCUCUUCAAAGCAGGCUUGACAGGCUUCCCACACCUGGCUCCUCAAUACCACGGAUUCUGGGCCGUUUCUGCCACCUGCGCCGAUCCUAAGUACGCGGUAAAAGUUCGGCAUGUGGUUGCGCUGGCCUUAGAGUAUGUUGAGGGGCGGUGUCUGAGUGAUCUUUUCCAGCCAAGCGGGCCCUUUCGGAAUCGCUUCCGAUCCAGUUGGUCCAACCCACAGGACCCCCCGACCUACAUCUCAGCUUACGAAGACACUCGUCUCAGCAUCAUGGAAAAGCUCAUGGAUGGACUCAUGUCGGAAGAAUUCGCCGAGGGUACUGUCAGCCAAUACUCCAUGUACUUGGAGAACAAGCGCCUUGAGGAGAAGAGGCGCCUCGAGGAGAGCAAGCCCGACGAAUCGAACAAGCCUGACGAGAAUUCAGAGGAGAACAAGCCUCGUGAGGAGACCGUCUUGGCUGAGGAGGUGCUCUAG